GAAAAGCUAAUUAUACCCACUCUCCUCGUAUUCCACAUCCCUCUCUCUUUCUCUCUCUUAAUUUCCCUUCUUUUUCUCUUGUCUACAGAGAAGUGCCAGAAACCUCAGAACUGAAACAUAACAGAGAAGAGAGAAGAGACUCGGAGAGAGGAGACAGUGUGAGAGAGAAGACGAAAAAGCCAUUGAAAAUUGAUUACAGAAAGGAGAAAAACAACCACUUUUGCUUUUCAAUGCUCAAUCAAACUCCAUACCCAUAUUCACUCUGAUAAAAGCUCCUGAAUCCUUCUCUCUCACUUUCUCUACCUUCACUACUUAUACUUUGAAAAUCUUACUUGUUUUUAUGAUUUGUCUUCCUGGGUUUGAAAUUUGAAUUGAAGAAGAGACUCCCAAACACUAUGAUUUCCUAUUGAUGAAAUGGCACUAGUAUUGCAAAUGAUGACCAAUCAACAACAAAAUCCCAAGACUAACAGUACUGAAGCUGAGAAAAUUAAUCCAACUUUUCAUGAUUUUCUUGGUAUGAAAUGUAUUUCAGAUUCUCCUCAUCAAACUCCUUCUCCUAUAAUUGUUAUUCCUAAACAGAGUAAUGAAAUCAAACCCUCUGAAGCUUCUUCAUCCGGCGGUGGUCAUACCCCUGUCUCUGCUACUUCCGAUCUAGCUUCUGAAAGGCUAGUUGGGAACAAUUCUGAGGGGGUUCAGUUGCAUGGUUCAAAGAGUGAUUUUUCUGGACCUGAGAUAAGCAACAGAUUCGCUGGAAGCAAGAGGAGUAAUUCGGAUUCCGUAUUUAUGGGUUCAGCUAGAGAUAGGAUGACACCUCCGUCAGGAACUGAUUCGUUUGAAAGUUCACACUUGAUGAAGUUAAUCCGGAGUAGCACUGGUGGAGACAGAACGAGAAGUUCUCAGAGUGAAGAACAAUUCUUUGGUAUGCAACCACCGAGACAAACUUCUACUAAUCAGCUAAUAUUGCAGCCUCCUGGUGUUAGUCGACCUGAUUCUGUUGCUUCCAAGUUAGAGCGGCCCCUUCAGAUGAAUGCGAGCCCAUCAUCACAAUAUACCCCACACCAUGGCCAAUUUUCAACGUACAUUGACAAGUUAUCUUCCAACAAGUACCGAGAUGGGAAUUCAGGCCUUUCAAUCAUUUCUCAACCUGCUGCUGAUGAAGGUUCUAGAACAGGCAUUAAAGGGUCAAGUAUAUUGAAUGGUAUUACAGCCAGCAAUCCUGUUCUUGACAGAAACUCGCCUAGGGUGAUUCUUAGCGGAAAGCCAAAAUAUGCUUCUCAAAUUUUGGACCCGGAACCUUCUAAUCCAUCAAGCCAACAUGGAUUGGCAUCUGGUUGUCGCCAAAUGACUAUAUUUUACAGUGGCCAAGCUCAUGUGUUCGAUGAUGUCCACCCAAACAAGGCAGAUGUAAUAAUGUCUUUGGCUGGAUCAAAUGGAGGGUCAUGGUCCACAACUUACGCCCAAAAGCCUGCUGUGAAGGUAUCCAUCGGUGAGACUAUCUUACCCAGUGGAGCAAAUGAAUUGGGUGUCAACAACUUAGCACUCCCUCGGGAAUUACGUGGCAAGUUGGUUACUUCAGGUAGUUCUAGUCAUCUAUUUGACAAAGAUCGGCAAGCCUUAGGAUCCUCAAGCGGCCCCUUAAACUUUUCAUCCGGGGGACGGCAAGGACAUAUGAUCCCUAGCGAGGCAAGAAUUCCAUCACAAGUGGUAAAAUACACUGACAAUGAAGGCAAAAGAGAUGUACGAUGAUAUAAUUACAAUGAAGGCAAAAGAGAGAUAUUGUCAGACAUCAUGGGCUAAGAAUCAAUCAUGUCUUUGAUUUUAAAGCCCGUUCGAAUGAGAAUCAUAGAAAAUAAGUGCUACGGUCCUCGAACAAGAUGGAAUGUACAUUAACUGGCUACUAGCCCCAGGGACCAUACAACUUAUGCUAUCACGACAUGAAACAAAUAAUAUAAAAGGUUGCAGAUUAGGGAGGCCACUCUUCUAGAGUUGGCUGGGAUAAGGGUGGAUCAGGCUGUCCCUAGUGAAGGUUAUCAGAUGGGAGUCCUUGAUCUCUCAAUUUUAUAAUUCUUCUUAUUUUUUUAUAUUUUUAAAUUUGGUGAAAGCAAGAGAAAAGAACAAACUAACUGUUCUGCAGAGCACCACUCCUGAGGAUCUCAACAGAUCCUUCUGGUUUUUGGAUUGAAAAUCCUUGCACAAAAUUUAAAUCAAAAGUUUUAAAUAGCAAAAGAAGUUUAUCUAAAAUCC